AUGAGCAGACCAACCCCCCGAAAAGCCCGACAUCGCCACCAUGCGAGCAACAGCGGACCCCGCCAAGUGAACGCGUCCGACUACGAGUCCGACACGGCCCAGUACAUGGAGAACCGCGAGCAGAUGGCAGCGGCGCCCAACCCAGAGCCCGCGCGUGAUAAUACCGAGCUCAGCCUGCGGGUCCUGCGUCGCUACCAGCCCAGCAUCCGGUCCAUCCUGGCCAUCGCUGCGAACGCCGUCUCCUACACCUUCCUCGAAGCGACACAGGGAUGGGAGAAGCACGGGAUCGAGGGCACCAUGUUCGUCUGCGAGCAGGAGCCCAUCGUCACGCCCACCGGCCAGGAGCUGCCGCGCGUCUGCGUGUUUGUCCUCAACCGCCGCAGCAUGGACAAUCUGGUGUUGGAUCUGCUGCGCGUCACCGAUUUCGAGGUCGUCGAGGAGCUGAUGGUCUUCCGGUUCGAGGACGAUGCGGGCACAAAUAACAGUCAGGGGGCCGAAGACGGAUCGGCGGGGAAAAAGAUCAUCGGGCUCUGGAUACAUGCGGACGAGAGCAACACACGGGAGGUCCAUGCCAGCCUGAUCUUGAACGCCUGGCAACAAGGCCGGCAGGCCUUUGAUGCAUACAUUCAAGCGGCGACGGCGGGGAUCUCGGGCGGUUUUGGCCCCGGUGCAGAGUCGUCAGCCGCUGCAGCGUCGAGGCUUGACGGGACACACCCAGCAACGCGGCAGCUGAAGAGUAGUCUCUGUGCCGUCAGGGGAGCGCCCAACAAACCCGCGAGAUCUCUCGUGGUCACCCGAGCGUGCUUAACUCUCAAUAGCACCUCGGUUCCCACAGUGUUACCUUCCCGGUCUCCACACUGCGCAACCAAUAUUGAGAGCAGCAGCACGCCCCGAACAGGCGAAGGCGACGAUGUGAUCCAUACCGCCGUGCAGACUCAGCUCUCCCUUCUUUCGUCAUUCAAACAAUGGCUCGCCCGGACAAUCGAGUCAGAUGGAGAUCUAAAGGCAUUGGCCUCUAGGCUCCAGAGUCGGUUGGAGGAUUACCAGCGGUGGCUGUGCGAGGUCGAACGAACACCAUCGGGGCUUGUGCUAGAGGAUGCUCAACCCUGGUAUAUCGAGGCCCGUGUCCAGCUCGGCAGUGACAACGAGACGAUAAUCGUGGUGGCCGGGCCAGGCUCGGAGGAGUCGAUCGAGAUCGCCGCCGAGGGCAGGAAACAAGCUGAGGAUUUCUUGAGGCACGGCCGCCUGGGUGAAUUGAUGACGAUUUGCCGAGCCUUUUCAAAGGCGCAGGAUACCAUGUCGGCCCUGCUCCGGAGUCGCCGUGAGAUGAAACAAGAGGAAGCACAGCUCAGUCAACCCGCCGAGGCGACUGUGAAUACAUACAUCCGCCGUCUGCAAGAGUACAACGAUAUGAAGGACAUUGGACAGCAGCUCAUGGGGCUGGUCGCAGAGAAUCGCGGGGUCCCAGUCCGGACUCUGUACGAGACGGGCGAGUAUGGUGUCAAUUUUCCGCGUUAA